AUGGUCCACUCGAUAUCAGUUCGUUGUCGAAAUCCGAAUCUUAUUUUGAAGAUGGAUAAGGCAAAGGCUUAUGAUAGGGUUCAUUGGCGGUUCUUAUUUCAUGUGCUCGAGCUGAUAGGUUUCUUGGUGAACUUGGUUGAUAUUAUUCGGCGAUGUGUUUCCUCGUGCCAGUUCUCUUUACUAAUCAACGGGGAGCUGACGGGGUAUUUCACUUCGUCUCGUGCUCUAAGGCAGGGAGAUCCGCUCUCGCCGACUCUUUUUGUACUUGCGGCUGAUUAUUUUUCGAGAGGUCUAGAUGCACUAUACAGCCAUUGCCCGAGCAUGUUUUAUUCUACAAGGGGAGGCAUCCCUAUCUCCCACUUGUCCUAUGCGGAUGAUGUGAUGAUAUUUACCUCGUGCCAUAAUUUUGGCCUGAAGAAGCUGAGGGAUUUUCUUGAUCAUUACUGUCGGACUUCGGGUCAGUUGAUUAGUGUGUACAAGAGCACUUCCACAGUUGAUAGGGCAUGUUCUGAUAGUCAUCUUCGCACUAUUUUCUCGGGUCUCAGUUAUCCGAGAAAGGAUCUUCCUAUCAUUAAUCUUGGAGCUCCGCUAUACAAGGGGAGGGACCGGGGCAGUUUGUUGCAGACAUUGCUUGAUCGCAUGCAAGCCAAGAUUUCGGGUUGGGCUCGGACCACUUUGGCUUUCGGGCGCCGUCUUGCCUUGAUCCGGAGUACGCUUUCGACUAUGGCUUUGCAUCUUGAGACGAUUUGUCGUCCAGUUGGUGAGGGUGGCUUGGGGUUGAGGCGUUUGAAGGAUGUGAUUGACGCCUUCACUUACAAGCUCUGGUUCCGAUUUCGUGCUCAGGAUUCUCUUUGGGCCCGUUUUCUCCGAAACAAGUAUUGCCGGAAUCGGUUCCCAGGUUCAUCUGUUGUGUCUUCACUCUAUAGCAGAGUGUGGAAGCGCAUUAUUGAUGGUGGUCGGCUAACGUCAGUUCGUGUGGAGUAUUAUUUGGUUAAUGGUCAGUGGGAUCGAAACAAGCUAGCUGAGGAUAUUCCUUUUGAGUGGAUUGAUAGGAUUUUCUAG